AUGCCGAAAAUAAAAAAUAAGGGGCCCAAGUCAGGCAAAGUGGAAGCCUCGGCGCCGCCGCCACCAGCUCCUCCAUCAUGGCCAGCCUUCAAGCCUUCUCUGCCGAUAGUUGACUUGUCUCCUGAACCUCAUCCAUUAACUUCCAAGGUUGUUCUUGUACCUUCGUUUUUCCCGCGAUCGCUCUGCCGCGAUUAUGUCGCCUUUUUAAAAACCCUCCCUCUACAAACAACGCCAGGUCGACCCAAGCGGGGCGAAGCAGUUCGUGUCAACGAUCGGUUCCAGGUUGAGAGCCAUGACUUUGCUUCCCGCUUAUGGGAGCAAACUGGUUUGAAAGAGCUUUUGCUAGACGGUGAUGUUGACGAGAACUGGGGUGGUGAACCUGUUGGGCUGAAUCCUAACAUUCGCGUAUAUCGUUACUCGAAAGGCCAGUUUUUUGACUGCCAUUAUGACGACUCGAAUAACCUGACGUUGCCUUCGAAUCCUCCGCUACCGGUGAGGACCACCUGGACCCUGUUACUAUAUUUGACAUCUGCUUCUGAGGGUUGUGUUGGGGGCGAGACUGUAUUUUACCCAAGAGAUCGAAGGUCGUCUCGAGAAGAGAUCGUAGUCCCUCUCGAGACUGGGACAUUGCUUCUGCACAAGCAUGGAGACGAUUGUCUACUGGUAAGAGGCUCCAUAUACCCUUUUGCCGUCUUUGAUUAG